CUUGGGAAUAUCCAAGAGAUUGCAACACUUCUAACCGAGAGAGAGGAGACACAGAGAGAGAGAGAGAGAGAGAGAGAGAGAUGGGGAGGGCUCCCUGUUGUGACAAGGCAAAUGUCAAGAAGGGGCCAUGGUCACCAGAAGAAGAUUCAAAGCUUAAAGAAUACAUAGAGAAAUAUGGAACUGGUGGGAAUUGGAUUGCGUUCCCGCAGAAAGCUGGUCUGAAGAGAUGUGGGAAAAGUUGCAGGUUGAGAUGGCUUAACUAUCUCAGGCCUAACAUUAAGCAUGGUGAGUUUUCUGACGAGGAAGACAGAACAAUCUGCACCCUUUUUGCUAACAUUGGAAGCAGGUGGUCGAUAAUUGCCGCUCAGUUGCCAGGUAGGACUGACAAUGACAUCAAGAAUUACUGGAACACGAAGCUGAAGAAGAAGCUCAUGGGGAUGCAUCUUCCUCCUCAGAGAAAACUUCCUCCAUUCGCGUCCUCUCCCCGAAUCCCACCAUUUCAAUCUCAACCACUGUCAUCCUCUCUAUACGAAGAAUGCAGCUCUUAUUAUAAAUCUUUCUCAGGCCUCGAAGCCAUUUCAUUCCCAUCGAAUUACUUAAGCAGCUCCACUUCUUUGGCCACCAAUCCUUCUAUUUUCCAAACCCAUGAGAGCUGCGUGAGUUCCAUGCCGUAUUAUCCUGUGAAAGAGAGCGUCCUCAUGUUUGGAGGUGAAGGAAGCUGCCGCAGUUCAGACGAUGGGAGUUGUACUCAGAUCAGCUAUGGCAGAGACAUUAAACAAGAAGGAAUGGCUUUCCAGAGCUAUGUCUCAAACGGGUUAGAAGAAAACCCCAAGUCCAUGCUUAAUUAUGACAGCAACAGAGGUGAAAAUCAAAAACAAUGGGCUGAAAAAGCAAAUGCGUAUUUUGGAGAAAUCCCAUUACACUAUGAUCUUGAUCAUGAUGUUAAGCAGCUGAUUAGAAGUAGUAAUAGUGGCUCUAACAGCUUUGUUCAAUAUUGAUGAAAGCAACACACCAGAGGGCACGUACUUCUACUGAAAAACGGACUGUCGGACUUUAAAGUAAGGAAAAAUCAGAAAGAUUUGAUGGGGUAAGGCCGUAGGGCAUGGUGGGAUUGAGAUAAGACUUGAGUUUGUGGGGGUCUGUGUUUCAAUGAAAUGAAACAUUUCUUUAUUUCUUUUCUUUGUUUUUUAGACAGUACAUGGUAAAGCUUCUUUUUUAUUUUGUGCAUUUCUUUUGGAAAGGGUAAUGAUGAUUUUUAUUUUUAUUUUUGUCCUUGUACUGCACUGCCUACCCUGACUAGCACUGCUCGCUACCUCCUCCAAUCAGAAACAAAAAUUCUGAAAACUAGAAACGAUGUUUGUAUCAUUCAAGAACCAGAAUCUUAUGUCCAACACAAUCCAAUUAAGCCAGCAGAAGAACUAGUGUUUCCUCUGAUCUUUUCCUUUCUCCACUGGUUUAUAAGUCAUUGGCUGGGACUUCGAGCACCCUCUACUCAUCGUGUAAAGUAUGCUGUCUGACGAAAAGUCGAUUCUACUCUUCCUAAACUACUCUUCUGUUGCCUGAUUUAAAGGGUAAUUUGGGUCCUUUUGAUGGUUGGCGCUUCUUGCGAGGAAAAUAUAAAAAGCCCAGAAUCAUUUUCUACGAACCAGGUCAGACCAAAGGUGGAAACUUGUCUGCCAAAAAGUUCAAAACUUGACCAUGGAAAAUUUGGAGUUUUGCGGAGGCGCGUGCAUGACAGCUUAUGGCAGUCAUCGUCCAUGUCUUACAAUCUUUUCACAUUUUACAAUCUGUAAUCAGAAGCUAUCAACAGUACCUCGAGUCUGUGAAAUCGUUAGUACAUGCAUAUAUAACGUCAUCUUUAUUGUCACAGUACUUUAGCCAAAUGAAAACUAAUUUAAGCUUG